AUGGCUUCUACAAGUGGUAUAUCUACUUCCAAUGUAGCCGGGACAGAGGCUGCUCGCCAGCCUUGUGUCCCAGCUACCAGCUUUGAUUUGCCUUCGGUGCAACAAAUGUUCACGGAAUUGCCUGGAUCAUCUCCGUCUUUGACAACCCAAGGGACAGAGAGGCUCGAUCUCGAAGCCCAAGAGAAGAUGUUUCGUGUCUUAAAAACCGUGAUUGAGAAAGCCGACGGCGCGGCCGAGGCUGGGAACGCCUUUGAUCUCAAGGAACUCCAUGCAUCUUUGGAACAAGCUGAUGCUGAUGCACGGCGCGGUCGACGAGACCCCGAGUCCUUGAAGGUUGUGCUGAAAGCUCUUGAGCAGCUUUGGGUCAGCAACUCUGAGUUUCUGGUCCAAGCCGCUGAGGUUUUGGCUAACGGGAGUCGAGACCCGUCGUGGCGUGGUCCGAUUGGAAAUUCUGGGGUUCUGAAGUUCUUUCUAGAAGUCAUCUCAUCGAAGAACAACGUAGAUGCCAAAUUGCUUCUUCAUUCUUUGCGUUUGGUUGGCAAUUCUUGCGCCGACACGGAUGAGAACAGGGAGAUCGUUGUAGACGGCAACUACACCCUUGCGAUCAUCAGGCAUUUCCUCAAUCCUGAAUUGAUCCAUGUCGCGAUUCCAGUGAUUUACAAUAUUUGCAUGGACUACGAGCCCGCACAUGUCCAAAUGGCGGAAAAUAGAACGGCAUACAUCAUCUUGAAACUUCUCAAGGAGGGUGCUAUCAAGGACAACAGUGCUCUUCUCAGCUUCUCUUAUGACCUGGUGGAGCUGGCCUCGGAGCAAGCGCAAGGCAUUGAGAAUUCUCCUGAUGGAACAAUCUGGCUUCUCACAGAGCUCGCCCUGGCCGAAGAAACCGAGUUUGAACACUACUCAUCCCUGGUGAAUAGUCUUUCUAUGUACUUGGAAAAGGAGCGAUUCCAGAAUGCCUGUAUCUCAAACAACAUGGUCGAGGGCCUAUUGUCUGUUCUCCGCCGGUCCUUCUCUAUCGAAAUCGAUCAGUCCUCUAAAGAAGAGGUCCAAACCCUUGCUCAGGUCCGGCUCAAGACCAACCAGGCUCUGGCAGAGGUUUCAGCUUCGUCCUUAUUUGCCGAAAACUACCCGCUUGACUCUGCCCUUUCGCGGACAUUAAAAUCAUGGAUUAUUGCCGAUGAAGAUCAGCUUCAGAUCUGCGCGUGUGUCAUGCUCGGCAACCUGGCCCGAUCUGACGAGGUCUGCCAGGUGAUGGUGCGGGAUCUGAAGAUUCACGAAGAGUUGAUCUCUGUCCUUAAGAGUGACUCCCGUGGCGCAGUCCUCCACUCUGCUCUCGGAUUCUUGAAGAACCUCGCAAUUGCUGGCGACAACCGCAUUAGCCUUGCGGAGGCCGGGAUUAUCCCUGCUGUGUCUCGCUUGUGGGCAUUUGACUCUGUUCCACAGGUCCAGUUCUCUGCCGCUACUAUCGCUCGUCAGGUGAUCAUUUCUUCCAUGGACAAUAUCUUGCGUCUGUUGGCUCCGCUCUCGGAGGACCCGGAUUCUCCCGCUCAUAAUCGGACAUAUCUUUCUCUGCUUUUGUGUCUCUUUGAGAAGACUGACUCUGCGCCAAUUAAAACUGAGAUUGGACGCACUGUUGCUUCUAUUUGCCGAACUGUCUCUCCCAAGGCACGUGAUGGAGAUGAGGAAGCAGCCUCCUUGUUGGAAAAACUUUACACCCUUCACGAGGGAGUUGCUCGUCCGGUUGGUACGAUGAUCACUCAGUCCCAAUGGCCUGUUGUUCGGAGUGAGGGAUGGUUUGCUUUGGCUCUGAUGGCAAACAACAAGUUAGGCUGCACAGCCGUAGUGGACUGCUUGCACAACGAGGAAGUAAUGGGGCUACUUAAGCAGACUCUUGGUGGAGAGGCUUCUAGUUCGGAUGACUCUGCGGAAACGAACAUUUCCCAGGUGGCCAAAGAUUGCGAUAAUGCUUUUGUCCUGGUACAAGAGCUUUUGAAGAACGAGUGCGGUGCACUCCCAGCAGGUUAUCGGGGCGCAAUAGAGGAUUUGGUCAAUGAUAAUGCUUUGCGUAAUUUGAAGGAGGGCUGCUUUAAGCAAAGAAAUGUCAAGAAGAGUACCGAGAGUCUUAUCUGCGAGAAGUAA